AGCGCAUCUACUGCUGCCAGUGGCGACGAGGAGAAGAAAGAACAGAAGCUUAUAGAUGCCAUGUUUCUCUGUGACGAAUGGAAAUCUUCGAAAGGUAGAUUAUCAACUUUCAAUCGAGAAUUUGCUAUUAAUUUGGCAGAAACGACGGCUGGUAGCAUGAAAAUCCACUGCUAUGUCUCUAAUAGCGAUGAUCGGGACAGAGAAGACGCUGAACAAUUUGGUGUCAACUUAAUCAAAGCUCGAAGUGUUCCUGGUUCAGCCGACCCUCUCGAGUGCUUGAAGUUUCCACCCUCACAGCUCCCAAACCCACAUCUGGUAAUAGGCCAUGGAAGAAAGCUAGGUAGUCCUGCGUAUUCCCUUGCACAGAUUACAAAGUGUAAAUGGAUCCAAUUUGUUCACGUAUACUGUGAGGACCUUGGGAAAUAUAAAGAUCUGACACGGCUGCAGAAGAUACAAUCGAAGAGAACGAGAAGAAGCACAAGAUGGAAAUUGAUUUGUGUAAAGCAGCGGAUGCAGUUGUCGCCGUUGGCUCCCGUCUACAAAAGAAGUACAGCAGACGUCUGCUUAAUGUUGAAGUGAAGGUUAUCAAUCCUGGGAUCUUUGGAGAGUUUUCCAAUGAAUCAAAGUUGGCCGUAGACAGAUCAAUAGUAAAGAAAUUUAAUGUGUCUGUAUUUGGCCGAGCUGCCUUUGAGGAUCUUUCGCUGAAAGGCUAUGAUAUAAUUACAAAUGCCAUUGGUUCUCUUGGUAAGAACUUUGAAUUGACAUUUGUUGGCUCAUCUCCCGGUGAACAACGAAAAGUUGAGCAAUGGUUUCUUGACAACACGUGCAUCAACCGGAACCAACUAACCAUCCGUCGAUACUGCAGUGAACGAGAGGAACUCAAGGUGAUGUUCUAUCAGUCAGAUUUGGUUGCUCUGCCAUCCCGCACUGAAGGAUUUGGGCUUGUCGCCCUCGAAGCCAUUUCUGCUGGUGUCCCUGUUCUAGUCUCUGGUGAAUCUGGUAUAGCUGAGGCUUUGCAAAAAGUAGAAGGUGGAAACACUGUCAUUGUUGGAUCAGAUGAAGAUGAAAGUGAAUGGGCACGAAGGAUUAGAGAGAUGUAUGAAGAAAGCGCAGAAGAGAGGGAAGUCAAUGCUGUGAAGCUUCGCGAGAACUACAGGAAUGUGUACUCUUGGAAAGCAGAAUGUGAGAGGUUUAAAGGGCUGAUUGAGAAAGUAGUGGAAAAUGGUAUGUUCAAUGAUUUUAUCUUUGCUUAAAUUUUAGGUGCAGGUGAUAUUUCUUUAACCUACUGUAUUUGGAAAUAUAGAAACCUUGUGUAAAAGACUAAAUGCAGGUUCAUGUAGAUAGCACAGCCAGAUUGCAUGAUUUAUCUCUGCUUAUGUUUUGAUAUGAAUAAACCAGCUGUAAUAGUUCCCUUUCACUCACUAUUCACUUUUUUCCACUUUCUUGCGUCCUUGCAGAUAUGAAAUUUGUCAUGUUACAAAAUUUUGGUGUAUUGGGUACUAUUCAAUUGCAAGAUUGCUGUGUGAUUUCAGGUUUUGGGGGAAGGAACACUGGUGUAGCAGCUCUCUUAUAAUGAGGACCUGCAAGCAGACUAUCAUCCAAUAUGUUUGAAGUUUAAGGUGAUAUUAACGGUUUCAAGUGGAUUUGAAGGAAAAUUUUAAUUUAAACACUUUGCUCCAAAUCAACAGAUCAAAAAUUAAAAAUCAAGGUUGAUGUGGAACACAUGAAACUUGGAGAUCAUAAUGCUUACAGUACAGCUUCAGUUUCAGCACUGGAGCCAGCAGGAUAUCAGAAGGCAUCCACAGCUUCGGGCACAAAGAGAAAAAGACAAUCUGAUACAGAUUUAGAAGAUCUCCAACCACUCGAAAAGAGAGUCCUGUGCUUGGUUGCUAUUAAUUACCUUAAUACUACACCACCACAAAGUAUGGAUGAACGCAAUGAGUUUCUGGAAUUCUUAGAAAAAACUAGGACAUGUAUUACAGGUGUUUUUGUUGGAAGUUUGGUGAUAACAGUAAAGUGCGAUUCUCUCAAGAGCUUGGAGGAAUUAUGGAAAGAGUAUUCAUGUGGCCGUUUGGUUAAGAUGGUUCAAGAUUGUUUUGUGACUGAAAAGAUCUUGAAGGAUCUUAACCUGGCAGAACUGAAGCUGAAAACAACAAUGGACAUCGAAGAGUACAAUGCAUACAAACUGUACUUUCUUGAGAAGGAUGUACUCAGAGGUCAGUUG